AUGCGCCGCAGAGGCUCACGACCCAUACUCCGCAAGGCUCCGACCACCAUUGGCAUCGUCUUGGCGGUUACUGUCACUGUCGGAAUCAGGAAGACCGGUAAUGUCUCUGGCUUGUUUUCGGGGGUUGGCUAUGGCAGUAGACGUGCGAGGUCGCUUGCUUGGUCGUCUGUGCUCGAUGUCCUCUUCAGGAUCGUCUUGACCAGGUCUGUCGGGAUUAACACUGUUGGACUUGUCAUCGCUGGAUUCAUUGUCGCUGCUGGAUUCAUUGUCGCAGCUGGAUUCAUUGUCGCAGCUGGAUUCAUUGUCGCAGCUGGAUUCAUUGUCGCUGCUGGAUUCACCAUCGCUGCUGGAUUCAUUGUCACUGCUGGAUUCAUUGUUGCUGCUAGAUUCAAUGUCGCUGCUGGAUUCAUUGUCACUGCUGGAUUCAUUGUCGCUGCUGGAUUCAUUGUCGCUGCAGGUCUCCUCUGUUUGCUCGAGCGCUGCCUUCGCCUUGUGGAGGAGCAGUGA